UAUGUCAAAGAGUAUACAAUAAAGACGACCUUCAAAUCCGUGGCGAAAAGUCCCUCUUUUGGCCCGACAGUUGUUCCCAUUCUCGACUUUCUGCAAAGGCCCUUCAGACUUCAGAGAAUCACCUUGAGCUACUGUGAUUUUCCCAGGAUCCCGUUAUCAGCAACACCGUCGCGGAAAUCUUGAUAGGCCUGUACGCCUCGUAGCAAACUCGAAGAAGAUUCAUUUGAACAGAAGAAGUAGCAGAACACGGUAAGGAUUUGGGGGGCAGCGGAGGGGAUUUCACGUUGAGUUCGGAAAGAAGAGAUGGGGAAUCCGAAGCAGAAAUGGACAUCGGAAGAAGAAGAAGCGCUGCGGGCCGGCGUGGCGAAGCACGGCGCCGGUAAGUGGAAGAAUAUUCAGAGAGACCCUGAGUUCAACCACCUCCUCUUUGCUCGCUCCAACAUUGAUCUCAAGGAUAAAUGGCGGAAUUUGAGUGUGGCAAAUGGUCAAGGCCCUAGAGAUAAAGCAAGGACACCAAAAGCGAAGGCAAAUCCUACUGAUUCCCCUGCUACUCCACUGCCCAUCACACAGACCUCUGCUUCUGUCACUCCUUCUUCACAGGAUGCAUCAUCGGAUGUAGUUAUGUUAGAUUCCUCGAAGCCCUUACCUGAAGGAAAUAAUGCGGCCAAGUACAAUGCAAUGAUAUUUGAGGCGUUGUCUGCUCUUAAAGAGCCAAAUGGAUCAGAUUCUAGUGCAAUUGCUACUUUUAUUGAGCAACGGCAGGAGGUUCCACAAAAUUUCAAAAGGGUGUUGACUUCUAGAUUGAGGAGGCUUGUGCAACAAAACAAACUUGAAAAGGUUCAGAAUUGCUACAGAUUAAAAAGAGAUUCACAGGUAGAUGCAAAGAGCCCCGCCAUGAGACAGACAGAUACACGGCCCAGACAAGUUCAGAGCAUUGGGUAUCUUGGAGAUACAGUUGAAGAUGCUGCAAUUUCUGCUGCUUACAAAAUUGCUGAAGCUGAAAACAAAUCAUUUGUGGCUGCCGAAGCUGUGAAAGAGGCAGAAAGGGUUUCUACAAUGGCUGAAGACAUGGAAUCUCUCCUGCAGUUUGCCACAGAUUGUGUCUAUCAAAGCGCACAUGGUGAAAUUGUGCUAAUGGCAUAGGUUACUACUGAUCCCUUCUUUCAGAAAUUCUGUAAAUAAAUAUUAUGUGUUCGCUUUACUUCUGGAAAUGAAGCGAAUCUAUCUUCUAUUGCAUUAAUUAUUCGUUUAUGAGAAAAUCACGAGAUGUUUCAAGCUUGGCCUUGGGUCGUAGAAGUGUGAACGAGUCGAGUUGAUUAGCAAGAUUUCCAGUACACUGAUGAUCUCUGAGCAAGCUGUGUUCCAAAUGACCGGAGUUGAGUUGGCAACUGAAAUGCUGGGCUUGAAGAUAAAAGAGAAAUGCCCAAUCUUUCUUGAAAUGUUUGAAGCAUUCUUGUAUGUAAGACUUCCAUAUUUCUUCGUUUUCUUUAAGAAAAUCAUUCUCUAUUUCUAUAAUAGAUAUGGCGUGUUUCAUUGUUCAG